CUAAACAUAUCCGCUGUUAACCUACAGCAACCCGCCAAAUUCUAAAGCUGUUGAGUUAGCUAUGUCGAUUCUGUGUGUUGUUUUAGCUGUCUGAUUAUUGCAGUGGAGUGCUCCACGAAAUGGCGAUGUGGAGCGACGUUGAACUUCUGACCAACGAGGAUACAAACACUGUCCGUUUCGGCAGUGUGUCAAGGGAGGAAAAUGGUAGCGGCUUGUAUCAGGUGGAUACACUGGUCAAAAUAUCCACUCCCAAUGAGGUGCAAGCAGAUCCCCGUCUCUCCUCCUCCAGUGGUUCAAACUGGAGCAUUAUUGUGGCUGACAAGACAGUUAUCCUGUUUGACCAGAGCUAUCAGACCAUCCUGCUGCUUUUGCACUUUGAAACUGAUGUGGAUGCCAUUGAUGUAUGCCUGGAAGGACAGUUUUUGAUUGUCUGUGAAAGAAAUGGAAACCUUCAUUUGAUCUAUGUUCCAAACAAGAGAAUCCUUCUCACCAAGGCUUUGAUAGAGAAACCAUCCAAUGGAGAUAAGAAGACAUACCACUAUCUCAUCAUAGAGGAGGACAAGGCAUCCUUUGGGAUGUACCAUGUGUUCCUUCUCAUAAAGGAUGGGUUUUUCCACAUUACAAACCUUGCAUUGGGAAAAAUCAAGACAGCCAUUGAAAAAAUGGAUGUGGGAGCUUUGAAAGAGCUCCAGUCGCUCAUUAAGAUAGACUUCUGCUCCACCAAUGAUUACCAUGACGAGGGCUGCAGUACAGCAGUGAUGUUCAAUCUGGGCCGUGAAAUCCACUUAUUGAUCGGGGGGGAUAAAGAAAAUAUUGUGACUCACUGGACGAUGGACCCUAAUCAGGCUAAGAUGCGCCUUGCUCAAUCUGUCAACAGCAGCUUGAUUCCAGGUGUGAGGAAGAUGGUAGUGGUGGAAAAUCUCUUGUAUAUUCUUGACACUGAGGAUGCCCUUAGUCUUUGGGACCUACAUUUCCUCGUCAUGAUUCACUGUUGGCAGGAUCUGGCCAUUCAUGACUUUGAACUCACCACAGAAUGUGGUUCUGCCUCCAUGGUGGCUCAAGAGAAGGGCAGCAUGAAGAUGAUUACGCUGACAAAGCAAAACAACAGUCAGAUCAACUCACUGCAAAUACGAUGUCUGCCCUCCAUGACUGUGUGCUACUCUCUGGAUGUCUCCUCAGUGUCCUGCCUGGUCCAGACAAAAAUAAACAUGGAUACAAUUUAUUUAGUUGAGGGGAUUUGUGAGAACCCAGAAAGUAGUCGAGGAGAGCCUUUAUCUUCUGUUGUUGUCAGAUGCUUCACAGAGGCUUUACCUGAGAACAGACUUAGCAGACUUCUUCACAAACACAUGUUUGAGGAGGCUGAACAGUUUGCCAUCACAUUUGAGCUGGAUUUAGAGCUUGUUUACAAGGUAAAGCUUGACUUUGUGCUGGAGCAGCUGGCCUCUGCAUCGGUGGGUGGCUAUGGACAGGAUGUGUGGUCUGAACUUGUGGAGGAGGCCAAGACCAACCUGAUGAAGAUCACAGAUGAGCAGUAUGUGGUGGAAUACUGCCUCAAGGCUCCGUGGCCGACCUUUGAGACAGCAGAGAAAAUGCUAAACCAUGCUGCCACAAGAUACUCCUCCUUACAGAUCCAAGAGGCCUUGGCAAGGCUGGCAACAUUUUGCAGCCUGCACGGACUGGAAAACUUCAAUGGCAUCGCCUGGAUUGAGUUUCUGAACAGCACUGACAAUUUACUAGACAUUCUGACCCACCUAAGAGAGGGAGAUAUGAAGGGUGCACAGCUCCUUUGGCUCAGAUAUGAGGGACAGAUUGCGACAGAGUUUGAUGAGAGCAAGCUUGAAGCUGUGCUCAGUGCCAUCCCAGAGGACCUGCCAUCCCAAGACCUCUGUCCUUGGUUUAGGACAGUGUUUGUUUCUUUUGUGAGGAGAGUGCUUCCAACAGGACAGAAAAUCCUGGCGAGAUGGCUGGAGCAGAGGGCAAGGAAUCUGGAGUUAACAGAAAAGGGUGCUUGGCCCCAGAACGGGUUUGACUUGGCUGUGCUUGGACUGCCUUCUCUAUGGACAUGGAUGAAAUCUGAUGAUGAUUAUAAUGCCAAAGAGGUGGAGAACCUCAAGUCUCUGGUUUCCAACCUCCGUCGGCUCCUGGACCUCCACCAGAAAUACAACUGCAGACUUUCACUUUCAGUCUUUGAGAAGGUUUGUCUUUUAUUAGCGACAUAUUAUAAUUACAUUUGAGUUUCAAACAAGCUUCCGAUAUCUUCAGCAGGAAAUAUUUUAUCAACGUACCUUUUGAGUGGAUUUUAAACUUAUGCUGAAAACACCCUAGGACUUUUUGAUGAGCUACUUCUACAGUACAUCAAGGAUCUGCUGGAGCGCUGCAGUUCUCAGACCACAACACUUUUCACAGAAUGGGAAGCUAAAGCGGUGGCUGUGCUGGGUUGUAUGACUGAUACUGACCUGAUGGUGGAUGCUGUGCUGGAGAUCAUGCAGAAAGCUGUAGUGCCCUGGAGUAAUGUGGUAGAAAAACUUGUUCAGCAGUACCUUGAGAUGGAUGGACCAAAACAAGAGCUUUUAAAGGAGAGCUACCGUCUGAUGGAGAUCAGGAAACUUCUCAGGGGCUAUGGGAUCCGCAACUUCAACCUCUCGAACAGCACUCAAAUUAUGACGCUGAUUACGUACAUCCUAAAGCAAGACUUGCCAAUGUCUUUAGAAGACUCCCUGACAUUAGCUGCAGCUUACAAACUUCCAACCUCACAGAUAAAUUACCUGUAUCUCAUCCAGCUGAUUGGCCAGUGCAAGACUGAGGAAUGCAUGGCUGUCCUGAAGAAGCUGCCCCCUGCAGAAGCAGAGUGUGUGAUUGAGCGUCUCACAUCCUGGGCUCGGCUGCAGCUGGAGGACAAAGCCCACAUAUCUGAUGAGCACAAGAGACACCAGAGGGUCGUAGCUCAGGUGGUGGUGGAGGCUCUGAAAUACCUGCAUAUGCUCCAAAAACAUGAUACUCUUAAAAGCAUGGAGUGUGAAAACAACCUCAUUAUGUUCAAGGCGAUCGCCCACCUACAGGAGGACUUUGAUGUUUUCUUCACCCCCUCCAACUAUGAGGAUCCAAACAUCCAAAAACAGAUCCAGGACCAUCACAUGACAGCCUAUGAAAACACACGUGGCCGCCAUUCAUCUAAGCUGAAGGUUACGACAACUCCAGUUGUGGCUAAUGAUCCCGAUGGCAAGACCAAGACCAUCUCCACAGAAGCUGGCUUACGUCGUCUAGGAAGGCAGCUGCAGCGCACCGAACAGGAGCUCUGGUCUGACUUGGCCCUGCGAGCUCUGGGAGUGGGCAAGGUGGACAAGGCCCUCAAGAUCCUCAGUGAGCUGUAUGAACACCACUAUAACACCAGCACAGGGAAGGUUUUGUUCACUGCUGCCAAGACCUUGUGCCAGAUGCUGGAGGCAGAUGUGCCCAUGGUGCUUCCUGAUGAUAUGGACUUGCCAGCAGUCAUCCAUGAUCUUGCCUGCCAGGCUAUCACUGUGUGCCACUCAGAUUUGCUCCUGGACUGUCUGGAGCUCUGUAAGUGCACAAGGAUAGCUAUGGAUGUCUAUCAUCAGUGUCAGUUAUCAGACAACUAUGGCUUUAUCACCAAGGAUUUGACCUUGGAGACAGAAAAAGAUCCACAUUCUCAGUGGAGUUUUCAGGAUGUUUUUAACGAAGAUUGCAUUGUUCUGGACCCAGUGUCUGUGCUUCCAGUUCAAUAUGAAAUUACCAACUGCUUGCUGCCUGUUUCUCGGGAUACCAAACUGUACCCACUGGACUGCUCCUGUCUGUCACACUGCUCAUUUGAAGACGGAUCAAACUACCUGCGGCCCCUCCUGGGUCCCUUGGACAACAUGUUAGAGAUGUUACAGGAGUGCAGUCAGCUGGAGCUGACCCUCAGGCUGCUGGUCAACUCAUACGGCAGCUGCCUGCAGCAUGUCACCUCUAACGUUAUGGAUGUAAAGCUCAGUGUACAGCUUUAUGAUGCAAGAGAGCUUAAGAUGUACAGUACAUGCUUGAAUAAUCUUCGAAAGAAAACUACUUCAUCUCUGAAUGCCGUUGCUGUGGCUCUCUUGAACAAGGUGUUCAACUGGAGGGUGGUUGAUUGUGAUUUGGCUAUUGGACUAUGUACGCUCCUCUCCAAAGCAGAAGUCUCCAAAAUGUUGUGGAAGGUUAUUGACAACACCUGGCAAAACUAUGACAAAAUCUUGGCUGUGGCUAGGAUCGGGGCCAAUCUCUGCUGCUUGUACAGUGAGGCAGAGGAACAAGAUAAGUUUCUCUCUGUCAUCACUGAUGCUGAAUGGGGCAUCAAGCUAGGCAAAUUAGAGAUAUCCAUCCAGCCAGUGUUCCGUCAGCGACCUGAGAUGAAGAGUAGUCUGAUCCCUGAUCUGGUGAAAAACAGGAGGAUCACCCCAGACAUUAUCCUCCAGUACUGCAGUACCUUUGGUCUAGACACUGACUGUGUGAUCAACCAGUACAUUACCACCUUACUGCUGCUCCAAGAGGACGAGGAAGGUGCCGGUGACCCAGGCCCAGGCCAGGAAGAAGUGCAGCCUCUGUGUCAUGCAGAUGCACUGGAGCGAGUCUUGCAGAUUAUCCCGAUGUUACACAACACCAGCGAGCUCACCGAUAGCCUCUGUGCUGCCAUAUCCAAGCUCAGCCCUUACAACUAUGAGAGGAUCGAAGUCGUGCUGAAGAUCAUCCAGGCUGCAGAUGAGAAUGUGACAACCUUUUCUAUUAGUCAGGCAAUGGGCCUCCUUCAGCACCUGAAGUCCUACAAGCGAAUCUCUCCUCCCUCAGAUGUGGAGAACACUCAUCUUCUAGAAAACAGCCUGCUGCCAAACUUUCUGUCCAACAGCAGAUUGCCCUUCCAUCUGCUUCUGCAGACCAAACAUUACUGGAAGAUUAUCUCUCCUGAGCUCAGUGAGGAGACCUUCCCCACACUUCUUCUGAUUAGCAAACUGAUGAAGGUGAGCCUUGAUAAGUUAUACAUGUCAGCAGCGAACCAUGUGUUUGAGAAGAAGAUGAAGCCUUUACUCUUAGAGCAGAGGAAAAAGGGUCAGGGCCAUGGCUACAGUAAGGAGACUUUCAAGGUGGCCAAGGCCAUGAUGGAAUACAUCCACUGCAUCCAGAGCCCGGAGUGGGCUGCUGCCACAGCCCACAAGAUCACCCAGGAGCUGCCACCAGGCUAUGAGAAGACAAAGUCUCUUAAGUUCUGUUUGGCUCUUGGAGAUGCCUGGCUGAAGGAUCCGAAACUUGAGGAGGCAGCGCGGACCAGAGGGGAGACCUUUCUGUCCAAGCUGAAGCUGCAGUUCCAGCGCUCGGCUACCGAGAACGCCUUGAUAACCAGCCAGUUAAACAGCCCAGAGCAUCUGAAACUGACUGGGCUGCCAGCCAGGCUCAUAGUGGCUCUGUAUGAGCACAGCGGUGUGGAGCAGCGCUACAGAGACUCGGGAGGUCAAACUUAUCCUGAUAUUCAUGCAGUGGUUCAGGAAAUAGCCACCAUCAACAAGGUGGAUCUCCUGAAAAUCCGUAACAUGAUGUUGGAAAAAUGGAUCUGCAAAACAGGCCCUGCUGUCACCAAGGAUAUUGGUAAUCAUGAGUGUAUCAGCAACAUUGAGGAGGACCCAGACUUAAUGAGGGUGGUGUACAUGCUGCAGUCUUGCCCCAUGGAUGAUGCUGUCCGUCUCCUAAACCCUAUCCUAUCUGCUGAAACCUGGCCGCUCAGCACUUCUGGGCCUCGUCUGACCUUCUGCCAUCGGACUCGAGCGCUGCUUUGUCUCGUCCGCCUCGCCGAUUCGGCCACUCUGGAGGCUAAGUUGCAGAUCCCCAGAAACAAAAUUCAAUAUUAUCUGAAAUGCUACAUCUUUGUCUCUCAACUGGAGGCAUUAAACAUCCCUUACACGGUGCAGUCUUUCCUCAGUAGUCCCAAAGAGGGCUUGGUUAAAGGGUUGUGGAAGAACCACAGUCAUGAGCCGCAGGCGGUGCGGUUGGUGGCUGACCUGUGCUUGGAGUAUCAGGUGUACGACCCUCAGCUGUGGAACAGUCUGCUUCAGAAGCUGCUGGGCUUCAACUUGAUCAGCCACCUCCAGAAGGUGCUAGAGGCAGUAGUGGCUGUGCCUGCUCUGUGGGAGAUUUCCAGUUUCUCCAGGACCUGGAGGAGUAUGAUACUGGCACCUUUUGUCUCAGCUUCUGUUCCUCUGAGUCCUGAUCAACAGGCAACACUCUACAGGACCUUUGUUCUCCUCCUCAAGUGCCCUUUCCUGUUGAAUCUGGACCUGAUAGGAAUUGCCAAUCGCUUCGCACAGUUCAAUCUGCCAGCCUUUGCCCUGGGAACUCUCCUUCUCAUCCCCUGUGCCAAUAAAAAGGCCCAGCAGAUCCAGGGCUUUCUGUCUGUGUGUAACCCAGUCGCUGUCCUUGAGCAGGUGGAAGAGCUCAUGAACACCGGGGAAUUAGCUGGAGUUCCCUCACAGAUCAGGGAGACUGUAUUAACUUUCAUCAGCCAAAAUGGACAGCACCAGAAACUGUUGAAGACCAAACACUUUAAGCAUCUGGAGCAGCUCAUUGUGUCGCGUGGCCAACCUAACCAGGUGAAAGACUUGGUGGACUACCUGAUCAGCCAGAACUGUCAGGACGAUGCUGACUCACUCGCUCGUGAGUACAUGAAACGCAGAGAGCAACAAAGAGGGAACACGCUGACAAACGGCUCACCUUCACCGAGCUGCCUUAAGGAGUUUCUCAACAUGCAAAAUGGAGUUUUGGGAUGAACUGACACUAUUUCUGCAGCUUUAUUUAUCUUUUCACACUUGGUCUAUUUUGGGCUCAGAUGCAAUAUAUCUUUCAACUAUUCAUGUAAUAUUUUAAUAAAUGCUUUUCAAUAUAGCUUGUGUAGCGGAUUCCCUGAAAAAAAAUGAUAACUGUCAAAAAUCAAAGGCUAUUCAUCUUUUUAUUUGAUCACCUCUUGUUUAUUAUUUGGUGUAUGUUGUUAUAACUGUUGGCUAACAUGCAGUAAUAACUUAAAUGUCAAAUGUAUACUAGAAAAAAGUAGCUAGAUUGCUACUGCCUAUUUGACAGAUGAUUUCACAGGCUUGGGCAGUUUUUCUGUUUUGGUGUAUACACACAAAUAAAUCUAAGUAUGUAAAUGUUC